AAUAUAUAACACAUUAAUAAAAAAUAUUAAUUAUAAUAACAUUAAUAAUAAAAUUAUAUGAAAAACACACGUAUUGUUAGUGUAUUUGUGUCGACACUAAACACAAGUGUUAUUAAUAUGUGUUUAUAAUAACAGUAAUAAUUUCUACACAAAUCAUAUCCACAGUUGUGUUCACACAAACACUGCAUUCAAUGAUAAUUAAAAAUAUAUUUAUUAUUUAAACACUCAUUAAGUAGUCAUUGAAUCGCGAUAUUAAUCACUAAUAACAGGGAAAUACAUAUUGUAUUACAUUUGCCAUCAAUUCAUACCAAUUGUGACAUUAUUUUUACCAUCAUUUCUAUCAUAUGUUGUCAACAAAUACGACCUCAAAGUCAUUACAAGAUUACUGUUUAAUUAAAUUAUAUUAAUUUAAUUACAAAUCAAUCUUCGGUUUAAUUCAUGUAUUGUUUAUAAUGUUUGAAAUCUAAUUGAAGAGAUCGGGUAAUCAUCGGUGGGAUCAGUGUCUUCAGCGACCAAUACUGUACUCAACAUAACAUCACCUGUGGAUCCGAUGAGUGGAUUGUCGGGCAAACCUGUGGCCAAAGCGAUGGCCCAAUCGUUGGUCUCAGUUGUGGUGGUGUUUGUCAUAAUAGUCGUGGCGUUUGUGACGAUCGCCGCUUCGAUGCCAUCGCUAUCGUUAGGUCAGCCCCUCUACGACCCGAAGAGUCCACACAUGCGAACUCUGGCCGACACUAACUUCACGGACAGAGUCUAUAACGACGAGUCGGUCGCCCGACGCGUGCAAGUGAUCCAGUUUUACAACAGUUGGUGCGGACACUGCAUAUCAUUCGCGCCGACGUUCAAAGAGUUGGCCAAACAAUUGCACGAAUGGCGAGACGUGUUGACCGUCGGUGUUGUCGACUGCGCUCAAGACAUGAACACAAAGCUGUGCCGAAAUAUGGACAUCAAUGUCUACCCGACGCUUAAGCUCUACUGGUUUGCGCCCAAACCUGAGGACAAAGGCGUCGAAUUGAUUGCCGAUGAGAGGUCGACGGAUGGUCUGCAGAAAGGGAUCAUUAAAUGGAUUGUUGAGAAUUGGGUUAAGGGAGUGCCUCGCGAGUGGCCGGAUCUGAUGCCUGUGUCGGCCCUUUCCAAAGACCUGUUCGUCAAAUUGCUUCCCAUCGAGAAAGGGGUUCCAGUGGUUCUCGUGGUCGAGAGCGAGAAGUCUUCCAUUGGUCAACAGAUUAUUCUCGAUUUGAGUGCAUAUCAGUCAUCCGUCACUGUAUUGCGAAUGUUGGACACGAGUGACGCUCUUCUCAAUCAAAUGCUUCCGAAGAAUAUCAAGAGUUAUAAACUGCCACUUCUGUUGACUAUUGAUAACACGGAUUAUGUGUUUAAAAUAUUUCAAACGCCCGACAUUCCCGAUAACCGCAUACGUGAUGUAUAUGUAAAGCGAAUCAAAUCCAAGUUUAUGUCCCAAUCCCUUGUCAUUGACGAACAAAACGGACACGACGUCCAACAGUUAUCGCCCAACAAACAGCCCGAAGACUCAUCGGUGGCCAAAAUACAGAACAAUCUCGAGAGUCCGGCCACUGGCCAACGGGUCUACAUGUCUGACCUGAACAAUGCACUCAGAUAUUCAUUGUUUCAGGAAAUAGCGCUUAAGAAGCGCCUCAACACCACACAAAUCAAUGCUCUAAAGAAUUACUUAUCGGCGCUGGAACUUCACUUUCCCUUCCAGACCAACAAAAUGCUAACAUUUGUCAAAUACCUCAACGAAUGGCUCGCGAAGAAGAGGGCCGGCGUUGAGGUGGACGUCGAGGACAUGAUCACCACAAUGAAGAUUUACGAAGAGUAUUAUCACUUCCCGGAGAUGAAGCCGUGGAAGGGCUGCGCCGGCAGCGAUCCCAAGUACAGGGGCUAUCCGUGCUCUAUGUGGACACUGUUUCACACGUUGACUGUCAAUGAAUACAAGAAUACUCUGCGAACGCAAAAGUGGUCAACACUUCACUCUGUGCUCUACUCGAUGAGAGAUUACAUCAAGAACUUCUUCGGCUGUUCGUAUUGCGCGCAACACUUCCAAGAGAUGGCCAAAGAGUUGGAGUCGACGCUAACCUAUCCGAACAGUUCGGUGCUGUGGUUGUGGCGAUCGCACAAUCGGGUCAACAAACGACUCCACGGCGACGCCAGCGAAGACCCGCAGCACCAGAAACAACAGUAUCCGCCCAGAGAUGAGUGUCCCGAGUGUUACGACACCGGCGGGCAGUUUGUCGAGAAGAAUGUCUUGGAAUUCCUGUUACGCCACUAUUCGGUCGAUAAUAUUAUUAAAGACGAGUCAGAGCUGAAAGAAGACAAUGAGAUUCAAAACAAUGUCAUUAAUAAUAAAGCCAUCACUUCUGGUAAGUCUGUGUCCGGAAUCACUAAUAAUGAUAAUAAUAAUAAUAACAGAAAUACUUCAUUAAAAGCCAAAUGGAAUUAUAGUCUAUUAAAUAAUAUGGACUAUAGUUUGAUAUUAUUCUUAUACUUUUCAUCGGCGGCUAUAAUACUAUUGAUUUGCGUUUACCUUAAGGUUAUUAGAAGAAAAAGGGGGCAAAAGUAUAGCUCACUUAAGUCAUCGUUUGCUUAAUGAUUAUCGCAUAAUGUGUUAACCAAUACUGUUUGUGUAGAUAUGAAAAAACGGAUUAAUUAUUUUUAAAUAUUUAGUUAUUUAUUUAUUAUUUUUCAUUAUUAUUAAUAAUUAUACAAAUUUAAAGCGCUUUUUAAUUGAGAUUAUAUUUGAUUAAAUUUUAACGAAUUUUUAAAUUGUUUAAAUAAAUGAAUUAUUAACUGUUUUUAAGCAAAACAAAAGUUAAUUAAAAUUUUAUGAAAAG